AUGUCACUAAGAAAAGCGCGCGCUUAUUUAACGAUUGGGCUGCAGUUGCUGAGCGUUUUAACAGUCAUAAAACAAGUCACGCCCACUAUUCGCUUAAACAAUAUCCGUUGUCAAAGUCGCAACACGAGCAUAAUUCAAAUUGAUUACUGCCAUAUUAAAGCUGUUCGGCGAGAUUUCAAAGAAGUUUCCUUCAAAUUGUGUGUGCUGAAGAGGCCAAUCAGAAAAGCCAUGAUCAACGUAAAAUUCCUAAAGCGAACGAAUGGUUAUAAGCCUUUUAUGCGGGAUAUGAAAGUGGAUGCUUGCAGUUAUCUGCAGAAACGCAAUAACUUCAUAUUGAAUGCAUUAAUGAAUGUCCUUGAAAAAUCGUCGAAUAUGAAUCACACUUGCCCGUAUGACCACGAUUUGAUUGUUGAAAAAUUACAUUUCACUGAUAUCGAUUUCCGCUGGAUACCUUUUCCUCAUGGUGACUAUGCAUUUCAAACCGACUUUGUGUUUGAUGGCGUAGAAGCUGCACAAAUGGAAUUAUUUUUAUCUAUUAUGAAUUAG